CGCUAUCGAAGCGUCUCCGCUGAAUCGGACGUUGGCUUCUACGAGCAAGAGCCGGAAGAGGAGUACUACUACGUCACCAGGGAGGUUUUGAAGAGCGCGUUCGAACUGCGCAUACCCCCCGCCCAACCACCACCGUAUACCCCACAACCCCCUCCAUCAAACCCAUUCCCAGGCACUCACUCAUACUUUACUUCCUACGCACCUGGUGCACCAGCUGCAUUUGGCAAUAAGCUAGCAGUCCUUGGUGGCGAUUUCCUGCUGGGACGCAACAGUGCUGCCCUGAGUCGGCUAGGGAGUCAUGAAGUGGUAGAGCUCAUCGCGAGUGUCAUCGCUAAUCUUGUAAAGGGUGAGAUUUUGCAGAUGAAAGGGAGUGGAACCGAAGCCGCCCCACAUCCCUCGUCGUCUGCGACUAGUGCAAUUGACCUUAAGGACAUUCAUACUUCUCCUUCACCUUCACCCUCCGAUAAAUGGGCUAUCUAUCAUGAAAAACGCGUACGCGCCGCUGUUGUGCUAGGAGGAUGUAGAGAAGGCGAGGUGUGGAAGGAAGUGGCCUAUGCAUAUGGGAGGAACUUGGGUAUUGCAUUUCAGACCACAGACACUCUCGACUUUUCCUCCUCCACAGCCCAGCUCGGCAAACCUGGCUUUGCAGACCUACGCCUAGGACUCGCAACAGGACCCGCACUCUACGCAGCUGAGGAAAUCCCAGAGCUCGAAGACAUGAUUGAGCGGCGGUUCGGUAAGGAUGGCGAUGUUGAGAGGUCCCUGACGCUGAUCUCGUCUUCUAAUGAUGUAGAGCGCGCGCGCGAGCUAGCGCGUGUACAUGCUGAGAAAGUACGGGAGGAGUUGACAUUAUUACCUAGAAGCGAGGCGAGGGACGCUUUGGAGGCGUUGACGGAGGGUGUUGUGAAGAGGCGGUGA